ACCUGCAACUCGGUGAGGAAUCUGCUGUUAUCAUUUCAUCACCACUAGUAGAAAAGGGGUGAUGAAGAUUCAUGAUCUCAUAUUAGCCCUGAGGCCUCAACUUCCUGCAGCCAAGGUAAUGUCAUAUGACUUCACAAGCAUUGCCUUUGCCCCCUAUGGCAGUUAUUGGAGACAAAUGAAGAAGAUUUCAGUCUUGAAGCUCUUAACUGCUCCCUGCGUAAAGGCAUUUAGAUCGAUAAGGGAAGAAGAGGUCCAGAAAAUGAUUGGGUCUAUUGUCUUCUUAGGUGAGAAAUCUUUCAAUCUUAGCCAGAAAUUUUCUUCAAUGGCCAGUGAUAUAACUGCCAGGGCAGCAUUUGGCUUCAGGAUGAAGCCUGCAUUGGAAAGACUACAUCAGAAGAUCGAUAAGAUACUGAGUGAUAUCAUUGAUGAGCAAAAAUUAAGAAAAACAAGAAACCAAACCAACGCCAAAUCAGAUGAAGACCUGAUUGAGGUGGUGCUAAAUCUUCAAGAGUGUGGUACAGGGACUGUAUCAACAACCAUUGAAUGGGCAAUGUCAGAACUGAUAAGGAACCCAAUAGUGGUGAAGAAAACGCAAGCUGAGGUAAGAAAUGUCCUUGAAGGGAAGAGGACUAUUGAAGAGAAAGACAUUAAAGAACUGCAUUAUUUGAAAUUAGUUGUUAAAGGAAUUCUGAGGUUACACCCUCCUGCUCCCCUCCUACUCCCAAGGGAAUGAAGGGAAAAAUGUGAGAUUAAUGGAUAUGAUAUACCUAGCAAGACAAGAAUCAUUGUUAAUGCAUGGGGCAAUAGGUAGAGAUCCAGAAUAUACUAGAAUGAAUCUGAGUGCUUUAA